AUGGCAACGAAGGGGCCAGACAAACCAUAUCCAACUCAAGCUCACUUGAAAAAAUUAUGGGAUCGGAACAGCUACAAGCCCAGAAAAUAUGUUGAAGCUCAGGCUAAGACAGCGGGGCGGUCGCUGAGUCGCGGGGUGGUUGCGGCGGCUGCCGCGACGACGGUGGACAGCAGCGACGAAGAGGAGUUGGGAGUUGAGGGGCAGGCAAACCUCUUCGCACCCUCGUCGGAAGUUGGCGAGUCGACGAACAAGCUGACCCUCAUGAUGUCAACAGACAAAAAGGAGACGAAUAUGCUCGGCAGCGGACAAGACCCAAACCAGCAAAUCGGCUUUCUGCCCGAGAUCAUGAGCAUGUCCCAGAUCGGCAACACCAUGCUCGACCGAGUCAACAUCUUCUCCAAGAGCUCGGAGUCUUACCUUCCCGACUGGCUGGCCGACAAGACGAACCCGGCAAAGUGCCUCAAGCAGAUGGGAUUCAGGCCAAAGAUGCCUAUCGCAUGCAUCAACUCGAUGGGCGGCUGCCAGCUAGAGGUGCUGGAGUCCACCCUCCGGCCCAAGUGGGUGGGAGGGAAGGUGGUGCUGGACCUGCCUAUGGUGACCGAGGGAUUUCUCACGAACCAGUUCAGCAUGUACACCGGCUCCGCGUGGAAGAGCAAGAUGAAGGACAUCCUCGACCAGACGGAGGACAACGUCUUGACGCAAGACGAGCUGCGAGGCUUCAUCGAGGCACACGACAGCCUAAAGAAGGACGCGGACGUGCAGAGCUGCCUAAAGCAGAUCGAGUCGAGCGGGGCGACCGAUGAUGCCAUGCUCAGCUUGCUCGAGCCGGUGAAAGGACAACUCAUCCAGGCGGCGACGGAGGAGCAGUUUGACCAAGGCGGAAUCAGCGAGUACACUGUCUAUGCGCAGGCCGUGUACGCGCAGCACAUGGAGAUGGUUGACGGCUGGAAAGACCCGAGCGGUAUCAAGGUGCGGCCUGUCGAGGAGCCAAACAGCCUGGACACUAUCAUGGCCAUGUCGGACUUGCCGAUCAUCAAGGACGUGUCGGCCCUGAUGGGGCCGAUCCUGGCGCCGUUGGUCGAGUUUGGGUACGAGCCGGGCAAGAACAUCCGCGCAUUCCCGUACGACUGGCGCGCGGCACUCUCCAAGCUGGAAGCGCGCGACAAGUACUUUUCGCGGAUGGUGGACGGCAUCGAGAGUAUGGUAAAGAGCAACGGCCAGAAGUGCGUCGUGAUGAGCCACUCGAUGGGCGGGCGCAUCGCGCUGUACUUUUUUCACUGGAUGACCGACUCAUCGUUCGGCAAGAGCAAGGGCGGCAAGCAGUGGCUCGACGAGUAUAUUCACUCGUUUGUGCCCAUCGCGUCGCCGAAUCUAGGGGCGGCGAGCGGCUCGAUCCAGCACAUCUUCCCCGGCACCGUCAUGGGCUUGUGUCCGGCGGUGCUGAACGCCGCCGACGGCCUGGCGAUGAUUCGCUCGAUGGCCUCCAUCUGCUCGCUGUGGGGGUCGGGUAAGAAUCUCAUGUACACCGCAGGCUCACACUACUUCUUCACGCGCAAGCAAGGCGCCUUCCACAUCGAGCUGCUCAGCGCCACGUACGACGAGAGCGUCACAGGCGACACCUAUGUCAAGUUGGAGGUGGCCGGAAAGUCGGUCGUACUCAAGUCCUCCACGAAAAAGGGCCCGACUCCGACCUUCGGCAACAUAUUUCAGUUCUCCUGGGAGGAGGGACCGGACGAUGCCGAGAACCGGACGCUGCACAUCAAGUUCCUCCAGAAGCGGGGCCUCACCGGGCUCAGGGACCACGUCUUUGCCGAGACGCACCUCGCCUUCUCCAACACGCCGGAAGGCGGCGUCACGGCGAUCAGCGUGGGCGCCCUCGACGACUCGGUUAAGCUGUACUCAGCCCCCGGCUCGUGGUCGUUGCUCGACGGCGUGGCGGUGGGCGACUCGGUCAAGCUCAAGAUGCGCGUCAAGUGGAUCCCCUCGAAUGCGCCAGUCCCCAAGUUUUACGAGAUGAGCGCCUCGUACAGCUUUGCGACGCACAGCAGCUGGUGCACGGGCUUGGGCGGCUCAGGCGACGAGGGCACGUCGGAGGAGAAGCAGCAGCUUCUGAAGGAGGCGGGGAUCACAGAGUGGGUGCCGAGCGGCAAGCACGAGUACGACGCCCGCUCCUUUGGCGACAUGCUCGCCUUGGAGGAGCUGCCCGCCCUCCACGCGCAGCUGACGGACCUGUGCGCAAAGGACCUGAUCUUCAGAAAGACGGCCGAUGGGCUGGCGCCAGCCCUCAAGCUCGUGCUGCCCAUCUACGGCUGCGAGGUGGACACCGACAUCGGUCUCGUGAUGACGAGGAAGGACGCGGUUUGGGAGGCGGGCCAGCGCCUCAACUACUUCGAGGAGGACCACGAGGCGGAGAUGCACACACCGGGGUACAAGAUUGUCAAGGGGACAGUGCGAGAGGUGCCCGGCGAGUGCCCCCAGGCGAGCGAUACGGAGGGCAAGAAGUUUGGUGAGCUGUUUCGGUCGGGCGACGGCACUGUCCCGUACUGGAGCAAUCGCUCACCCGAGAAGUGGGCGAAGGACGGGUGUCAGGUCAACAUCAUCGAGGUCAAGGGCGCCGGCCACCGCACGAUCAAUGAGCAGGCCGCCGCCCACUUCUCUGUGAUCAUGCACGUUGCGGACGAGCCCGACGUCACCCUGAGGGUCGAGGAGCUGCUGAUUACGGACCCGUUCGACAAAGUCGCCGCGAAGAAGAACCCGUACGACAAGAAAAAGAUGUCGCCCACCCAGGUGGGAACCUUUUUGGGGCAGACCAGCAGCGCGGACGCGCUCAAGGUCUACGUGAGGGUGGACUUUGGCGGGCAAAAGGUGGAGACAGCGGCGGUCUUGAUGGACCAGUGCACGGGAAGGGUCCCGGCCGAGCAGCUCUUCGGGUCGACACGGGAGUUUGUCUUUGACCCCACCUAUCAGGUCGAGGCAACGGUCAAGGUCAAGACGUGGAAGGGCAUGUGGGCGGGCGCGGGCUCAAAAUUGGCAGGCACGAAAUCGGUCAAGAUCAACUUCUACGAGAUGAUCACUGCGAGCACCACCAAGGGGUUGAUAGAAUUAAAGUUUGCUGAGGGCGUCACGGUGAAGCUGUCAGUCGUCGGGUUCGAGGCGGGCGAAAAGCCGGGCUGCUGCCACUUGGGCAACAAGUGCGGCUGCUUCUGA